CAUAUGUAUGUAUGAAGUGAGAGUUCGAUAAAUAUACACACUUGUCAAAUUGAUCUGCAAUGGCCGGAAUAAAAGGUUAUUCGGCAUCUUCUUGAUCGUCUGAUAUGCGAUUUUUCACUUUGUGAAAUUUCGAAGAAAUGGCAUCAAUGGGAGGAAAUUUCUAUAAAAACUGUGAAACGCAAUAUAAAAUAUCGAAACAUAACCUUCUUGCUUUAAUUGUCACUGUCAAAAAUUUGUACAUACUUCAACUUUUGCUUUAAAUUUUAUAAUUUAAAUAUGUCUGUUUUUCAAUGUCGAACAAAAGUGUAUCAUAUUUAUGCUAUUUAAUUCGUCAUAAUUAUAGUCAACUUCGUCGUGUUCAACAUGAUAUUAAAAAAUUGGUUCUUCUGGCAUUCUCUGGCUCUAUUGGUAUGACAUUAGUUAUCCUUGGUUGUGCAUUACCACAAUAUGAAGUAUGGUGGCCAUUUUUUGUAGUUUUAUUCUAUAUAUUGGCACCAAUUCCAACAAUAAUUGCACGUCGUUAUACAGAAGAUCCAGCAAGUAGUAGUAAUCCAUGUUUAGAGUUGGCAAUAUUUAUUACAAUAGGAUUUGUUGUAUCUUCAUUUGCUCUUCCUAUUGUAUUGGCACGAGCACCCGAUGAAAAUCCAGUUAUACAUUGGGGUGCCUGCUAUUUAACUUUAGCAGGGAACGUUAUUGUUUACUUGACCUUAGUUGGAUUUUUUGUAACUUUUGAACAAGAUGAUGUAGAUUAUAACAUGUGGUGAAGUGAUACUUCAUUGUACUUACAAAAAAGGUUUUCUAUAAGAUCACUGAGAGAAAGAGAGAGAUAAAGAAAAUCAUCCAACAUGCUGACUGACAGCUAUGUGUUAAUACUAAAACAAUAUAAACCUAUUGUACACUAUUUACAUAAUAUAAAAAAAAUCGGUUUUAUUAUAACAUAAUUGAUAUUGAUAUUAUAUCAACUAGUAUGAUAAUAAUGCACUAAUAUUAGAAAACAUGAUGGCAUAAUACAGCUUGAUGAUCAAAUUAUAAAUUUUAAUCUAAGAGUAAUACACACUUGUCAUAUAAGAACCAUAUAUCUUUUUAUUGGUAGAGUUAUCAACAAAUGUAACAAUGCAAAGAUAUAUGAAGUAUAUAUAUA